CCUGCGGAAAAAACACGAACAUGAAGUUCUUCAUUCUCCUCCUAAGUGUCGGCCUUGUCGUAGCUCAGGAGACCAGCACAACCUACCCGGCCACGACCGACGCCACGACCGACGCUACGACUGACGACAGGACUGAGUCCACAGCCACCUACGUCACCACGGACUCGUCUGGCGGACAGGAAUGCGACGGUCGGGGCACUCUCGUCUUCCGCAUUGGCUGCACCGAGACCUGCAGGAGAGCCUUCAAAUUCGGGGAACUGCCCAUCUUCACCCACGUCCCCGUCGGACGUCCCUGCAAGAUGAGCCGUCAGUCCGAAGUGGAUGAUGGAACCUGCGUGGUGUCUUCUCGCUCUGACGCCUUUGGAGUUUGCGAAGCCAAUUGAGAUCAUGAAGGGAGAAUAACAUCAAUUCCUAA